UUUCCUUCUCUCUGCAUCGUACGCUCUUCUCUUUCCAACCAAAAUCAAAGCUCUGUAUGAUCUUUCGCCCAAAAAAAAAAAAAAAAAGCUCUGUAUGAUCAACUUCCAGAUGAUGCAGUCCCAGUCCUCUCACGUUUCUCCUUCUCCCAGUUUCAAUAGCUAUUCCUCCGAGACCCUUGCUGAGAUUGCCGCCCGCGUCAUCCAGGAAUUCCACUCUGACCCUUCUCCCCUCUCCGACGAUUCUCUUUAUGAUUCAUGGCACCCCGACGCCGAUGAUAACCGCUCAGACGUCCAUCAGAAGGAAGCAGACGGUGAUGCUCACCAUCAGGACGACGACGAUUUUGAGUUCGCUUUUGUUUGCAGGGAUCCACACUCCUCGCCGGUAUCCGCCGAUGAUAUAUUUUACAACGGUCAGAUCAGGCCCACGUACCCCAUCUUCGACCGCUCUUUACUUGACGGCGUUUCUUCUGUUUCGCUGACUCAGAACACCGAUGAAACGGGGGCUGUUCGUCGCCGCCGACUUCCGCUUAGGAAGCUCAUGUUCGAGGAGCGAGAAACCGGGUCGUGCUCCUCUUCGACCUCUGAAGCAGAAGACAUUGACCUUGACGGUGUGGCUUCGGGGACCUAUUGCGUGUGGGAUCCCAAAUCGUCGUCGGCGUCGUGGAAAAGGCCGUGCAAGAAGAGCAGUUCGACGGGGUCUUCGUCGAAGCGGUGGAAGCUACGGGACCUACUUCCGAGAAGCCACAGCGAUGGGAAGGUACCGCUCGUGAUCUUCACAACGAGCAACAAGAGCAACAAAGUGGCUCACGAGGCGUCCAAGCCCAGCUCCGGCGACAAUAAUGCCAACGUCUCAUCAGAGAAGGCAUCCCAACCCAGCAGAACCAUAGCUCCAGCAAAAGAAGAGGAUGAAAGUAAGAGAAAACAGCCGUUGCCUUACAGGCAGGAAUUCAUAGGACUUUUCACAAAUGUGAACGGACUUGGUAGGAAUCUGCGUCCAUUUUGAAAUGCAAUUAAGUACAAAUUUAAGUUAAUCUUUUGCAUUUCUCUUCUAAAUCACCUGAUUAUAUAUAAUGCUUUUGAUUUGUCUAGUGUUUGCUUUUUCUGGUUUCUUCUUCUGUGGGGUUAAUUACAUCAGUUCCCUUUACUCUUUAUUGUAAUUAAAGUGGGCGAGAAUGAGAUUAUUCCUUGAAA